AUGUUUAACGACGUCCCCUCACGUUCUCAAAUUCUAUCAUACACCUUCGUCGACAGUUGCGUCACCAUAGCUGGUGUAACGAUCAUAGCGUAUGAUUAUCUUUGCACCUUGAAAGAAGAGGUCUCUGUUCCAGUUCAUUCGAAAGGUUCCAAAUCUAAUCUGCGUGCACAACAGACGUGCUUCAGGCUCUAUGGAGUAACACUGUCUUCGAUUUCUGUCGGUUUUCUGUCUGCGCAAAGCAUACUCCAAAGCUGUGCAGAUGCCUGUGCAGCACACAAUCUCUGCCUCGCUUCCAUUAUUCAAGAAAAGUCGAUAGAGGAACAUACCCCCUUAUACUGGGCCAUUGUGAAAUGGGUCCCAGAUGAGGCCACCGACGAGGAUACCCAGAUACCCGACCUUCUCACCGCGUUGCUCUUCCAUUCAACACCACUCACGCGAGAGACUAUAUCCGAUGUACGAAUGGCCUGCCUUAUUACGUCUGACCAGGCGUUAUCCCAGCGGUUGAGGAUGUUGCCAGAGUUCUUGAAGAUAUCAGGAAGGGAUGAGAUGCUGCUAGGAGCGACGCUACCGAUGGAUGAUAUCGUUGUUGAGGAUAUGGCGGGAGACGAGGGCGCGUUCGCUGUGAACUUUGAGAUCCCGCAGUUUCAGAAGAGGAUGAUGGUUUCAAAAGAGAUCGUGUUGGAAUUUAUUGCGCGAAGUCGCAUGUGGAAACUAGAAUUCUCGAUGGCCAAUGGCGGUCAACACACUGACCCUCGAACCGGGUCAUGGUGCAUUUCCCUCUCUCUGCUCGAGAAUUGUCCACCGUGCUGGAUAGACUCUUGCCUGCUUGUCCAAGAACCAGACACGACACCCCCAAUACCAUCACCAGACACAAAGUCACCUACGUCCCCCAAGCGCUCCCCUUCUUCUCCGUUCGUCUUUGGUUCAGGCCGUUCUAAAGCGAAACCCACCAUCUCCGUACGCCUGAAGUCAAUUCAGCAGCUGUUCGCACACCAGGCUCAGUCGAAGGUCGUGGUUUCGUUGGAAGACAGCCUGAUGGGCGCUAGCUUGGAAUACGCGUACGCAUCUAUUCAAUGCGGUUCUGAUGCUUUCUGUUACAGGGGAAGCUCGUACAUCGCUGCUGACGAGAAACUUCGCGCGCGCUUGGGGGCGAGACUUUGCAAACCAGAAGGAGAAUGCAUCAUAUGUUAA